AUGAAUUUUUUUGAAAAGAAAAAUAAUAAUAAUAAUAAUAGUAGUAAUAAUAAUAAUAAUAAUAAUAAUAAUAAAAAUAAUAAUAAUAAAAAUUUAGAUAAAAAUAAUAGCAGUGAUAGAAAUAAUAAUAACAAUGGUGAUAAAAAUAAUUUAAAACCAACACAAAAGUCAUUAAUAGAUUUAUGGUUUCAAGUUGAUGAUGAAGAUGAAGAAUACGAAUUGAGUUCAUUGAGUAAUGAUGGUGGAAGUAGUUUUAAUAGUUUUAAAGUAAACAAUAGAGAUACUAGUAUAGGAAGUGAUAUUUACUCGAAAACAAUUACACCUUCAUCAUUGGCUUUAUCAACUUCAUCAUUGAUUUCAUCUACUUUAACACCACCAACACAAUCACCCCCUUUUUCAAAGAAAAAUGAAAAAACAUCCUCUUUUCUUAAUUCUCCUUCUUCACAAAAGUCAAAAUCAAAUAAUUCAAAUGUAAAAGAAAAACUAUCACCACAAUAUUCAAGUAGUUCACAAUUAAGUGAUUUCUUUAAAAAGAAAAAAAGGCCAUUACUUGAUAAUAAUAAUAAUAAUAAUAAUAAUAAUAAUAAUAAUAAUAAUAAUAAUAAUAAUAAUAAUAAUAAUAAUAAUAAUAAUAAUAAUAAUAAUAAUAAUAAUAAUAAUAAUACUAUUUCUUCAUUAAAUACGAAUAGUAACAAUAAUAGUAGUGGUAGUAGUAAUGGUAGUAGUAGUAGUAGUAGUGGUGGUGGCAAUAAAAGCAGCAAUAAUAAAAAACAAAAAGUUUCACAAAGUACAUCAUCGACCAGUUUAAAGGAGAAACAAUCACAACAGUCUAUUUUAUCAUAUUUAAAUCCAACACCAUCACUCCCAACCCCAAUUUUUGAUAAACCUAUUGAAAGAUCAGAUUCAAAUUUAGCGACUAGUUCAUUUUCAAAAUUAAAUUUUGAUGAUAUACCAUUAGAUGAUGAAGAACUUUCUCAAAAAAUUAAUACACCAUCACCAAAAUUAAUUCUUAAAAACACCUUUUCAUCAACUCCAACACAAAAAUCACCAUCUUUAUCUUCAACACCACCAAACAAAAUCAAAAUCACUGACAAAAAAUUACCAAAUUCAUCAUCAUCAUCAUCAUCACCACCACCGUCAUCAGCAAAAUCAAAGUUAUCACAUCGAUCACAAUCAUCUCCAUUAUCACCAUUAAUUACAAAUCUAAAUCAAAAUAAAUCAAAUGAAUUUGAUGAUAUUAAUUUUAAUUUCAAUAUACCAUCACCUUUGAAAGAAAUUAACAAUAAACCAAAUAUAAAAUCAAAUAGCAAAGAGACCUUAACACCACUGACUCAAAUUUUUCACUCUUCAUCACCACCACCAUCUAUCAUAAUAGAGUCAUCGCCAUCGGUUUGUUUUUCACCAACUCCUACAAAAAAUCAAUCACCAACUUUAUCAAAUUUAUCACCUACAUUCAGUUUUUUAUCCGAUACAUCACCAGUUAAAUCUCCAUCGCAAUUAUUUGAAUUUACUUUUGAUGAUCCAUUAUCCCCAAAAUUAAUUAGUUCAAAUAAUAAUAAUAAUAAUAAUAAUAAUAAUAAUAAUAAUAAUAAUAAUAAUAAUAAUAAUAAUAAUAAUAAUAAUAAUAAUAAUAAUAAUAAUAAUAAUAAUAAUAAUACUAAUACUUUUAUUUCUAAAAAUAACUUAAUCAAUUUAUUUAAUGAACAAUCCAAUCAAGAAAAUGUUUCGACCACCACCACCACCACCACCACAACAACAACUUCUACAUCAACAAAUAAUAAUAAUAAUAAUAGAUAUGAAAGAGUAUUGAUUAUAAAUGUUUUUUAUGAAGUUACCCAAAUAUUUAAUAAUAGCAAUGAUAAAAUCCAUAAAAAGACAUUAUCAGGAUUUAGUGAAAGUAUUGGAGAGAGUAGAGAGAUUCAAUUGCUUGAUGAAUGGAUAUAUACACCUGUUAGACCUGGUGAUAUAGUCAAUGUAAUAGGUGAAUUUGAUGACAAUGGUGAGAUUAUCAUUAAUAACAUUCAGAACCUAUUGAUUUUACAUCCUGAUAUAUUGAUCACUGGUACAGAGUUGGGUGGUAGUUUAACUUGUACAAGAAGAUCAGUAUUGAAGGAACAAAUAAGAGUAGGUAAUUCAAAUUCUUCAACCGUUCCGAUAUUUGGUUCUAUCGUUCAUGAAAUAUUUCAAGAAUGUUUAAAAAAUAAUAGAUUUCAUUUAGAUGAUAUUAAUACUUUUAAACAAGAGAUAAUUGGAAAAUCAACAUUUCAAUUGGGUUUAUCAUCUUUAGGUGAAACUCAAGAUACUGCAUUAAAUCAUCUUGAAAAUUGGCUUCCAACUAUUGAUAAAUUUGCUAAAACUUUUAUUCUUCCAUCAUCAUCAUCAUCUUCAGCAUCUUCUUUAAAAAAGAAUUUAAUUGAAAUUAAUUCAGAGAAAUGGCAUCUUUCAAUUUCAAAGAUUUUAGAGAUUGAAGAAAAUAUUUGGUCAUUAAUGUAUGGUUUAAAAGGUAAAAUCGAUUCAUCUUUAGAGAUUAAAUUAGUUAAGCAACAACAAGAUGAAAAACAAUCAAAACAAUCAAAACAAUCAAAGAAAAAGAAACAACAAACAACAUCACCUAAUAAUAAUAAUAAUAAUAAUAAUAAUAAUAAUAAUAAUAAUAAUAAUAAUAAUAAUAAUAAUAAUAAUAAUAAUAAUGGACCUACCACUUGUUAUUUAAAUGUUCCAUUUGAGAUUAAAACGGGUAAACCUUAUCAAAUACCAUAUAUAUCUCACAGUUCACAAGUGUUAAUUUACACUUUAUUAAUGAAUGAUAGAUAUGAUCAAGAUAUUGAAAUGGGAAUAUUAUAUUAUUUGAAAAGUCAGGAAUUUAAAAGUGUUGGAUUAAACUAUGGUCUAUUACAUCCAAUUCUAUUCGAAAGAAAUCAAAUUAGAUCAUUGAUUGUAUCAAGAAAUCUAUUGGCUUACUUUUUAAAUUUAAAUUCUCAACCACUCUUAAAACCAAAUCCAAUAUUACCUGAAAUGUUACGUGAUUAUCAUAGUUGUACCAAAUGUUACUCAAUUGAUCCUUGUGUUUUAUAUCAUAAAGCAAUUGAAAAUGGUGAUCAAUUCACUAGUUCUUUAGGUGAUUUGUUUUUAGAAAAAACAAAUCAUUUAAGUUCAAUUCAUAUUAAUUAUUUAAAAAAUUGGAAUAAAAUUAUUUCAUUAGAAUAUAGUAUUAAAAAUAAUAAAAGAAAAUUAAUUUGGAAUAAAUCAAGAAAGUUUGGAGAGAAAAACAAUUCAUGUAUUGGUGAAUUAAUAUUAAUCAGUGAGGAAUAUAGUGAAAUAACUGAAACAUUUAGUUAUAGAUUUAGAGUGAAUCCUGAUAAAUUAUUGAAUUCAUCAAUUAGUGAAGGUGAUUAUUUACUCAUUAGUGUGGAGGAUAAAUAUUAUGGUAUGGGAUCUGGUCAACUUUCAAAUAUUAUAAAUGACAUUAUAACUAUAACUUGUAGAGAGAAAUUAAGUGAACCUCCUUCACUUUUAAGUGAUUAUACUACUCCUAAUUGUAAUAAUAAUGAUCCAUCUUAUUUUGGAAAUUAUAGAAAUAAACCUUUAAUUUAUAUUGAAUAUGAGGAUGCUGAUCAACAACAACAACAACAACAACAACAACAACAACAACAACAACAACAACAACAACAACAACAACAACAAUCACAAAAACAACAAAAACAAAAACAACCAAACUUUACUCAAUUAAGAGGAUUAAAUAAUUAUGUUAAUAAUUCUAAAUUAACACCAUUCAAAUGGAGAGUUGAUAUAGAUGAACAGUUAUCAGGAUUAUCAAUAGUUAAAUCAAACCUUUUUAAUUUAUUCUUAAAAGAGAAUCAAAAGUUAAGAUCAUUGAUUGUAGAUUUAGAAGCACCAAUUUUCGACAAAUUAGAGCAAGAAAAUUAUUGGAAAUCAAUUGAUUUUCAAAAUGAUUAUCCAUUGUUAAAUAUUGAUCAAAGAAAUGCAAUCAUUAAAACACUAUCUGCCAAAGAUUAUUCAUUGAUACAUGGUAUGCCAGGUACUGGUAAGACAACUCUAGUGAUCUCUUUGAUUCAUAUCCUUUGGAGAUUAGGUAAAAAGGUUUUAAUUACAUCAUUCACUCAUACGAGUUUAGAUCAUUUAUUAUUGAAAUUUAAUAAACAAUAUCCAAAUAUUGAAAUGUUAAGAGUAGCCUCCUCUUUAAAUCAAAUCGAUCCAUCCCUACAUAGAUUUACAUUGGAGAAGCAAUCCUUUGGAAAUAUUACACAAUCUAAACAAUAUUUAGAGAGACAACAAUUGGUGGCCACUUCUUGUUUGGGUAUCAAUCAUCAAUGUCUACUAAAGAUGCAAUUUGAUUAUUGUAUUAUCGAUGAGGCAUCAAUACUUUCACAACCAAUUUCAAUGGGUCCAAUACUUAAAUGUAAAUCAUUCGUAUUGGUUGGUGAUCAUCAUCAAUUACCACCCAUUGUCAAUAAUAAAGAAGCUGGAAAAUUGGGUCUUGAUAUUAGCCUUUUCAAACAAUUAUCAACCUCUCAUCCUUCUUCUGUCUCCAAUUUAUACCAUCAAUAUCGUAUGUGUAAUUCUAUAAUGUCCUUGUCGAAUCAUUUAAUCUAUAAUAAUAGAUUGGUUUGUGGUAAUCAAUCAAUAUCAAAUCUUUCAUUACAAACAAACUACUACCAUAAUAAUAACAAUACCACUCAUAUUGACCUUUUAGAUCAUAUCAAUAAUUGGCCACAAAUAAUUUGUAAUCCAAAUAGUUCCGUUAUUUUUGUAAAUACUGACCAACUUAAUAACUCGACUGAAUCUUCAAAUGGUGAUUUAUUCUAUAAUCAAACUGAAGCUAAUAUUGUGGCUAUCUUAACAAAUUGUUUAAUCAAUAAAUUAAAUAUUAAUCAAUCUCAAAUUGGUAUUAUCACUCCAAUUAGAUUUCAAUUAAAUUUUAUUAAAAAAUCAAUUUUAAAAUAUUUAUCAAUAGAAAAUAAUAAUAACAAUAAUAAUAAUAAUAAUAAUAGUAAUAAUAAUAAUAAUAAUAGUAAUAAUAAUAAUAAUAAUAAUAAUAAUAAUAAUAAUAAUAAUAAUAAUAAUAAUAAUAAUAAUAAUAAUAAUAAUAAUAAUAAUAAUAAUAAUAAUAAUAAUAAUAAUAAUAAUAAUAAUAAUAAUAAUAAUAAUAAUAAUAAUAAUAAUAAUAAUAAUAAUAAUAAUAAUAAUAAUCAAAAUAAUAAUCAAAAUUAUUUAAAGAAAAUUGAAAAUUUAGAUAUUUUAACUAUUGAUAAAUUUCAAGGAAAAGAUAAAGAUUGUAUUAUAAUUUCAUUUGUUAGAUCAAAUGAAAAAAAAGAAAUUGGUGAAUUAAUAAAAGAUUGGAAAAGAAUGAAUGUAGCUUUUACUAGAGCAAAAAAGAAGUUAAUAUUUGUUGGAAGUAAAUCAUCUUUGUCAAAGUUCCCUUUCUUUUUAGAUUUCUUUGAAUUUCUAGAUUCUAAAAAUUGGAUUUAUAAUUUAAAUAAUAAAAUUCAAUUUUAA